AUGGCCAGAAAAAGGUCCUGGGGUAGUUGUCAACCAAAGGCGAGUCGGAUACGCACCCUAAGCGAAUGCGCCGAUCCCACAGCAAAUUCCCAUUCGAUUCAAUCUGCGAACCUCCCCUCCGUCGACAUCACCACCAGCACUUCCCGCAGCACCCCGUCGCUCGCAAUAAUGGCUGCCAUCAACAAGAUCGCCCCCAACUCGCCGUCCCGGCAGAACCCCUCCGAGCUGGAGACCGCGAUCGCCGGCGCUCUCUUCGACCUCGAGAGCAACACACAGGACCUGAAGGCCAGCCUUCGUCCCCUGCAGUUCGUCUCUGCCCGCGAGGUUGAGGUCGGUCACGGCAAGAAGGCCAUCAUUGUCUUCGUCCCCGUCCCCCUCCUGACCAACUUCCACAAGAUCCAGCAGCGUCUUACCCGCGAGCUUGAGAAGAAGUUCUCCGACCGCCACGUCCUCUUCGUGGCCCAGCGCCGCAUCCUGCCCCGCCCCAAGCGCUCCGCCAACUCGCGCACCACCCAGACCCAGAAGCGUCCCCGUUCGCGCACUCUGACCGCUGUCCACGACGCCAUUCUCUCCGACCUCGUCUACCCCGUCGAGAUCGUCGGCAAGCGCACCCGCACCAAGGAGGACGGCUCCAAGACCCUCAAGGUCAUUCUCGACGAGAAGGAGCGUGGUGGUGUCGACCACCGCCUCGAUGCCUACGGCGAGGUCUACCGCCGCCUCACCGGCCGUGCCGUUGCCUUCGAGUUCCCCCAGAGCGGCGCUGAGUUCUAAAUGCAUAAUUUA